UUGUGAGUACUUUAUAUCCUCAUUAUUUGAAGUUAGCUCUAGUAAUUUGAUCGAGUACUAUGAAUCCUAGAGGUUUGGAGGGAGCAGGAAGAGGAAGAGGAAGAGGAAGAGUCACAACCCUUCUGAUUAAGUGCACGUUGGCAGGUAAAUGGGAAGGGGUUAUCGACAUGUACCGUAAUUUCCCAACGUGUCAGAUCACAAAGAUCACCGAGUCCCUGGGCACUGCACUGCACGUGGCCGUAGACAUGAACAAAGAAGAUGCGGUUGAAGCCCUCGUGAACCAAAUCAUCGAACAUCUCCAUCAUGCAGAAACCAAUCCUCUGGAAGUGAAGAACAAGAGCGGUGACACCCCUCUACAUGUUGCGGCAUCGAGGGGGUUCGCCAAAAUAUGUAAGAUAAUCAUUGGAAAGCAUAAUGAGAGGAAGAGUUUGGUGAGUCAAAGAAACAACCGUGGGGAGACACCUCUCUUUCAAGCUGUUAUCAACGGCCACAGCCAGGCAUUUUGCUAUCUGUCUAGCAUUUCCCACGACAACAUGGCAGAUCUUGUGCGAGACAACAAAGAUACUAUUCUUCACUGUGCUAUCAGCAACGAAUAUUUCGAUUUGGCCCUCAUAAUAGUGCAUUAUUAUGGUUUCCUUAUCAACAAGCAUAAUAAAGAGAAGUUGACUCCUCUCGAUGUCCUAGCCACCAGACCAUCGGCCUUCAAAAGUGCAAGCAAACACCACUCAUUGUGGAAGCAAAUCCUGUACAACUGUAUACUUGUAGAACCACGUCUGGACGUUGAAAGGCAAAUAGAGGCGAAUUUGGCAGAGAUGGAUAAGCCUACAGAGUCUGAUGAACUGAAUUAUCCAAAGAACUACGCCACAUUAUAUGAAUUCUUUGCUCGAUCGUUGAGUCUCGCUAUUGGCAAAAUGUCUUGGCAAAACAAACAGGUUGACACAGAAAACCCACCAAUCAAUGAACAGAUUGGAUUUGGACUUUUGCCACCUAAUUAUAACACCUUUCAACAGUUUGUUAGGUCUGGAUUUGUACAUAUUCUUGGCCUUUCAGGAUCGGGAGUGGACAUAAACGAAGUAAAGAAGACAAAAGAGAGGCAUCAAUGGGGUUAUCAACUCUUUGAGGAGCUAAUGAUGAGACUGAUUGCAGAAGGGGAUUUACUGCCUGAUAGGGAAUUUGACCCAGCCAUAUUUAAUAUGUAUAGCGAAUACACACCAGAACAAGGAGAAUGUAGCCACUCACAAGAGUUGGAAGAAGAAACAAGACCACAGGUUGAUGGCAACACAGAUACUUUAAGUCAAAAUGACACAAAGAAUGAAACUGAUCAACAUUUUGAUGAGCAGAACAUUGUCAUAAUAAGAAGAGAAAUCACUCGCUCGGAAGUGUUGGAAGAAAAAAGAAAACCAAAGGUUGAUGGAAGAAUAGAAACUCUAUGUCAAAGUGAAGCAAGGAAGGAAGUUGAACAACAUGCUGAUGAGAAGAACAUUUUCAUAAUAAGAAGAGAAACCAAAUGCUUGGAAUUGUUGGAAGAAGAAAGAAAACCAAAAGCAAAAACUUCAAGUGACAUACUAGAUGAUGACACAGUUUUGGUUGCAGCAAGAAAUGGCAUAGUUGAAAUAGUGAAUGAAAUUUUAACUCAAUUUAUAAGUGUCUUCUAUACAACUAACUCACAGGAAGAAAAUAUUUUGCUUGUCGCAGUGAGGAACAAGAAACCUCUUGUAGUUGAAAAUUUGAGAAAGAAAUUUCAAAAGGAAUACCCAGAAGUUUGGAAUACCUUAACUCUGGCAGUAAACAAGGAUGGGAAGACCAUGUUGCACAUGGCAGCAUAUGCUUCAGAAGAGUAUAAGCCUUGGCAAAUAUCUGGUUCCGCCUUACAGUUGAUGUGGGACGUAAAUUGGUUUCAGUAUAUUAAGAGCCUUGUGCCAGAACACUAUCAUCUUAGAAGCGACAAGAACAAUCAAACCGCAGAUGAAAUCUUCAAGGAAGAACAUAAAGAACUUAGGAAGGAGAGUAGCGAGUGGCUGAAGGAGACAUCUGAAUCUUGCUCUGUUGUGGCUGCCCUUGUUGCCGGUGUUUCCUUUGCUACGGCAGCCACCAUCCCCGGUGGCAACGACGAUAAAGGGUAUCCUCAUCUAGAAGACAAGCCUGCAUUCCACGCAUUUGUUAUUUCUUCAGUAGUUGGACUUGGCUUCUCACUCACUGGACUCAUUAUGUUCCUCACUAUACUCACUUCUCGAAAGCUAUACCGAGCGUUUCGCAUAGAUUUGCCACUCAAACUUCUUCUUGGCUUAAGUUCUCUUUUCGUAUCCAUUGUUGCAUUGAUUCUUUCUUUCUGCACCAGCCAUUCUUUUCUGUUCACUCACAAAUACAAGACAGUUAUAUUCCCCAUUUAUGUAGCCACUUGUUUACCUGUCACUUUCUAUGCCGUAGCUCAGUUGCCACUCUACUUAGAUCUUCUAACAUUCAUUUUAUUUAAGGUGCCAAAGGCAACUAGUGAAGGAGACAGUUUAUAGGAGGAGCUUCAAUUCUACCAAAUCAUUGUUAGAUCUAUAUUGUUCUUAAUUCUGUGUGGUGUGCAUUUUUGUAAUAAACACAUAUUAUGAGCUACGGAACAGCUUUUGAAUUUUAGAAACUGUGUUGGUUGUGGUAUUGUGAAAUGUUUGUAGUUUAAGGAGAAAAGUUUCUGGACAUUAUUUGUGUAAUGCCUCUAAUGAUCUUGAUUUCAAAAGAAAACUUUGUUAAAGGA